GGUGCGCCCGAGAGUGCCCCGGCGUGUUCGCUUAGUUCAGUGAAUCAGAACAAUGACUGCGCCGCCGGCUUCCCGGGAGCGCGUCCGAGGACUGUGAGCAGUCACCGGCGGGCGAGCGGCGGGGCGGCGCAGCUUCGGCCGCGCGGAGGAAGCGCCGGGGCUUCGGCAGCCUCCAGCGCAGAUCGAGCCCGCAGCGCCCGCAGCCUGCGCCGAGCCGCGCGGGGCUCCAGCGCUUGGCAGCUCCUCGGGAGCUGUGCAUUGUUGUGCGAGCCGGAGCCGGGGCGCGGAUAUUACAAAAGCCUGAAGACCCCCUCCCCGCCCGCACUCCCGGAAUCCCCCCCCUCUGGUGAACCAUGUGGAUACCUACGGAGCACGAGAAAUACGGCGUGGUUAUUGCCAGUUUUCGAGGAACCGUCCCAUAUGGCCUGUCUUUGGAAAUUGGAGACACAGUUCAGAUCCUGGAAAAGUGUGAUGGCUGGUACAGAGGAUUUGCCUUAAAAAACCCAAAUAUCAAGGGUAUAUUUCCUUCCAGCUUCAUUCACUUAAAAAAUGCCUGCGUAAAGAACAAAGGACAAUUUGAAAUGGUUAUUCCCACCGAAGAUUCUGUUAUCACAGAAAUGACAUCAACAUUAAGAGACUGGGGAACCAUGUGGAAACAACUCUAUGUGAGAAAUGAAGGUGAUCUCUUCCAUCGGCUGUGGCACAUCAUGAACGAAAUCCUGGAUCUGCGGCGGCAGGUGUUGGUGGGCCAUCUGACCCAUGACCGGAUGAAGGACGUGAAGCGCCAUAUUACUGCCCGCCUCGACUGGGGCAAUGAACAACUGGGUCUGGAUCUGGUCCCUAGGAAAGAGUAUGCAAUGGUGGAUCCAGAGGACAUCAGCAUUACUGAGCUCUACCGAUUGAUGGAGCACCGACAUCGGAAGAAAGACACCCCAGUGCAGGCCAGCAGUCACCACCUCUUUGUGCAGAUGAAGAGCCUCAUGUGCUCCAACCUGGGAGAGGAGCUUGAAGUCAUCUUCUCACUCUUUGACAGUAAAGAGAAUCGACCGAUCAGUGAGAGGUUUUUCUUGCGGCUGAAUAGAAAUGGACUUCCCAAAGCCCCAGAUAAACCAGAACGACAUUGCUCUCUUUUUGUGGAUUUGGGUAGCAGUGAGCUAAGAAGGGACAUCUAUAUCACUGUGCACAUUAUCCGAAUUGGCCGGAUGGGGGCAGGAGAGAAAAAGAACGCCUGCAGCGUCCAGUACCGGCGGCCUUUCGGGUGUGCGGUUCUCAGCAUUGCUGACCUGCUGACAGGAGAGACGAAAGAUGACCUUAUCCUGAAAGUGUACAUGUGUAACACCGAGAGUGAGUGGUACCAAAUCCAUGAGAACAUCAUCAAAAAGCUGAAUGCACGUUACAAUUUGACUGGUUCCAAUGCAGGUUUAGCGGUUUCCCUCCAACUAUUACAUGGAGACAUUGAACAAAUCAGAAGAGAAUAUUCUUCCGUGUUUUCUCAUGGAGUAUCUAUAACGCGAAAAUUAGGUUUUUCUAAUAUUAUCAUGCCUGGUGAAAUGAGGAAUGAUUUAUACAUCACUGUAGAAAGGGGGGAAUUUGAGAAAGGUGGAAAGAGCGUUGCCAGAAAUGUGGAGGUUACAAUGUUCAUUGUAGAAAGCAGCGGCCAACAUUUAAAGGAUUUUAUCUCCUUUGGCUCUGGAGAGCCGCCAGCCAGCGAGUACCACUCCUUUGUGUUAUAUCAUAACAACAGUCCCAGGUGGUCUGAACUGCUGAAACUUCCCAUCCCUGUGGAUAAAUUCAGGGGUGCGCACAUCCGCUUUGAAUUUCGACAUUGUUCCACAAAGGAGAAAGGAGAGAAGAAGUUGUUUGGUUUCUCUUUUGUCCCUCUGAUGCAGGAAGAUGGCAGGACUCUUCCAGAUGGCACUCAUGAGCUCAUUGUACAUAAGUGUGAAGAAAACACGAAUCUUCAGGAUACUUCCCGCUACCUCAAACUUCCCUUUUCCAAGGGUCUUUUCCUUGGGAAUAAUAAUCAAGCAAUGAAGGCCACAAAGGAGUCUUUUUGGAUAACAUCUUUCCUCUGUUCUACAAAGCUGACACAAAAUGGUGAUAUGCUUGAUCUUUUGAAAUGGAGAACCCACCCAGACAAGAUCACAGGCUGUCUCUCUAAAUUAAAAGAAAUCGAUGGCUCCGAGAUAGUAAAGUUUCUUCAAGAUACACUGGAUACCUUAUUUGGAAUUUUAGAUGAAAAUUCCCAAAAAUAUGGGUCUAAAGUAUUCGAUUCCUUGGUUCAUAUAAUAAAUUUGCUUCAAGAUAGCAAAUUUCAUCACUUUAAACCUGUAAUGGACACUUACAUUGAGAGUCACUUUGCUGGGGCACUUGCAUACAGAGAUCUCAUCAAAGUGCUCAAGUGGUAUGUGGACAGGAUAACAGAAGCAGAACGGCAGGAGCACAUCCAGGAGGUGCUGAAGGCUCAAGAAUAUAUUUUCAAGUAUAUAGUUCAGUCUCGAAGGCUUUUCUCCCUUGCCACUGGUGGACAAAAUGAAGAGGAGUUCCGCUGCUGCAUCCAGGAGCUUCUGAUGUCUGUCCGUUUCUUUCUUUCUCAAGAGAGCAAAGGAUCUGGAGCACUAUCACAAUCACAGGCUGUGUUUCUGAGCUCCUUUCCAGCCGUGUACUCAGAGUUGUUGAAACUCUUUGAUGUCCGAGAAGUGGCCAACUUGGUACAGGACACCCUGGGGAGUCUGCCCACCAUAGUGCAUGUUGAUGACUCCCUGCAAGCUGUGAAACUGCAGUGCAUCGGCAAGACCGUGGAGAGCCAGCUUUACACCAACCCAGAUUCCCGCUACAUUCUCUUGCCUGUCGUGUUACAUCACCUCCACAUGCAUCUGCAAGAACAGAAGGACCUGAUCAUGUGCGCACGUAUCCUUAGCAACGUGUUUUGUCUCAUCAAGAAAAAUAGCUCAGAAAAAUCUGUCUUGGAGGAAAUAGAUGUCAUAGUGACCAGCCUGCUGGACAUCCUGCUGAGAACCAUCCUGGAAAUUACCAGUCGGCCUCAUCCAUCUGGCCCCACAAUGCGGCUCCAGUUCCAGGACGUAACUGGAGAAUUUGUCGCUUGUCUCCUGUCCUUAUUACGACAGAUGACUGAUAGACAUUACCAACAACUUCUUGAUAGUUUCAAUACGAAGGAAGAUCUAAGGGAUUUCCUACUUCAGAUAUUUACUGUAUUCCGAAUAUUAAUACGGCCAGAGAUGUUUCCAAAGGACUGGACUGUUAUGCGCUUGGUGGCUAACAAUGUUAUUAUUACAACAGUUCUGUACCUGUCAGAUGCACUUCGGAAAAACUUCUUAAGUGAAAACUUUGAUUAUAAGAUCUGGGAUUCCUACUUUUACCUCGCAGUCAUUUUUAUAAACCAGUUGUGUCUGCAGCUAGAGAUGUUCACACCUUCCAAAAAGAAAAAGGUGUUGGAAAAGUAUGGUGACAUGCGAGUGACAAUGGGUUGUGAAAUUUUCAGCAUGUGGCAAAAUCUUGGAGAACAUAAGCUUCAUUUUAUCCCUGCCCUGAUUGGCCCCUUCCUGGAAGUGACUUUGAUACCCCAGCCAGAUCUUCGCAACGUCAUGAUUCCAAUAUUUCAUGAUAUGAUGGACUGGGAACAGAGGCGAAGUGGCAACUUUAAACAGGUGGAGGCCAAGCUAAUUGACAAAUUGGAUAGCUUGAUGUCAGAAGGCAAAGGUGAUGAAACAUAUCGUGAACUCUUCAACAGUAUAAUCCCACUAUUUGGUCCCUAUCCUAGUCUAUUAAAGAAAAUUGAGCGGGAGACAUGGAGGGAGAGUGGCGUUUCAUUAAUUGCUACAGUCACUCGUCUCAUGGAGAGGUUGUUAGAUUACAGGGACUGCAUGAAAAUGGGAGAGGUAGAUGGCAAAAAGAUUGGCUGCACAGUUAGCCUUCUGAACUUCUAUAAGACUGAACUCAACAAGGAAGAGAUGUAUAUACGCUACAUUCACAAGCUCUAUGAUUUACAUCUCAAAGCACAAAAUUUUACAGAGGCUGCAUAUACCCUCCUGCUUUAUGAUGAGCUGCUGGAAUGGUCCGAUCGCCCCCUCCGGGAGUUCCUGACCUACCCCAUGCAGACAGAGUGGCAACGCAAGGAGCACCUGCACCUGGCCAUCAUCCAGAACUUUGACAGAGGCAAGUGUUGGGAGAAUGGUAUCAUUUUGUGCCGGAAGAUUGCAGAGCAGUACGAGAGUUAUUAUGACUACAGAAACCUCAGCAAGAUGAGGAUGAUGGAAGCCUCUUUGUAUGACAAAAUUAUGGACCAGCAACGCCUGGAACCAGAAUUCUUCAGAGUUGGAUUUUAUGGGAAAAAGUUUCCAUUUUUCUUAAGAAAUAAGGAGUUUGUGUGUCGGGGGCAUGACUACGAGAGACUGGAGGCCUUCCAACAGAGGAUGCUCAACGAGUUCCCCCACGCCAUCGCCAUGCAGCACGCCAAUCAGCCCGAUGAGACCAUCUUCCAGGCUGAGGCUCAGUAUUUGCAGAUCUAUGCUGUGACUCCUAUUCCGGAAAGCCAGGAGGUCCUGCAGAGAGAGGGUGUGCCAGACAACAUCAAAAGUUUCUAUAAAGUGAAUCACAUCUGGAAAUUUCGCUAUGACAGACCGUUCCACAAAGGCACUAAAGAUAAAGAGAAUGAAUUCAAGAGUCUCUGGGUGGAGAGAACGUCAUUAUAUUUGGUGCAGAGUUUACCUGGAAUUUCCCGCUGGUUUGAAGUGGAGAAGCGUGAAGUGGUAGAAAUGAGCCCUUUGGAAAAUGCAAUUGAAGUGUUGGAAAAUAAGAAUCAGCAGUUAAAGACUCUGAUAACUCAGUGUCAAACCAGACAGAUGCAGAAUAUUAAUCCCCUCACUAUGUGCCUGAAUGGAGUUAUAGACGCCGCGGUUAAUGGAGGAGUUUCCAGGUAUCAAGAGGCAUUCUUUGCCAAAGAUUAUAUCUUAAAUCAUCCUGAAGAUGGAGAGAAAAUUGCACGGUUAAGAGAGCUAAUGCUUGAGCAGGCACAAAUUUUGGAAUUCGGAUUGGCCGUGCACGAGAAGUUCGUACCUCAAGAUAUGAGACCCCUUCACAAAAAGCUGGUGGACCAGUUCUUUGUGAUGAAGUCGAGUUUAGGGAUACAGGAGUUCUCUGCUUGUAUACAAGCCAGUCCGGUCCAUUUUCCUAACGGGAGUCCUCGGGUGUGCAGAAACUCAGCACCUGCUUCUAUGAGCCCAGAUGGUAGCAGGGUAAUUCCUAGACGCAGCCCAUUAAGUUACCCAGCUGUCAACCGAUAUUCUUCCUCCUCAUUGUCCUCUCAAGCUUCUGCUGAAGUAAGCAAUAUUACAGGGCAAUCAGAAAGCUCUGAUGAAGUCUUUAACAUGCAGCCAAGUCCAUCUACCUCAAGCUUGAGUUCCACUCACUCCGCUUCACCCAAUGUGACGAGUUCCGCGCCCUCGAGUGCCAGAGCUUCUCCCUUGUUGUCAGACAAACACAAACAUUCCAGAGAAAACGCUUGUCUGUCCCCCCGAGAGAGACCCUGCAGCGCCAUUUACCCGACCCCCGUGGAACCCUCUCAGAGGCUGCUGUUUAAUCAUAUUGGAGAUGGAGCCUUGCCACGCAGUGAUCCAAAUCUUUCAGCACCCGAGAAAGCUGUGAACCCCACCCCUAGCAGCUGGAGCCUGGACAGUGGGAAAGAAGCCAAGACCAUGUCGGAUAGUGGGAAACUUAUCUCUCCCCCUGUCCCUCCAAGACCCACACAGACUGCUUCACCAGCGAGACAUACGACACCCGUCUCCCCCUCACCCGCAGGACGAUCGCCAAUGAAGGGCUCGGUGCAGUCCUUCACCCCCUCGCCCGUGGAUUACCACUCUCCAGGACUCAGCUCCAACUCCCCGGUCCUGUCCGGGAGCUACAGCAGCGGCAUCUCUUCGCUCAGCCGGUGCAGCAUGUCGGAAACCUCGGGCUUUGAGAAUCCGGUGCACGAACCGUCAGCGCCCGGCCCGGGCUCCGGCUACCCGGGCCCCGGGCCGGGCCCCGAGGAGGCGCCGCCGCGCAAGGAGAGCAAGACGCCGCCGCCCUACAGCGUGUACGAGCGGACUCUGCGGCGCCCCGUCCCGCUACCUCACAGCCUCUCCAUCCCUGUCACCUCUGAGCCACCCGCGCUGCCCCCCAAGCCCCUGGCGGCCCGAUCCACCCACCUGGAGAAUGGGACCAGGAGGACUGACCCCGGCCCGCGGCCCAGGCCCCUGCCCAGGAAGGUCUCGCAGCUCUGAGGCUGUUGCCCGCGGGCCUGCCCCCGACCCCUUUGCCGUUUACAGGAGAAUUAAAGUCUGAGGAGGAGACACUUAGCGUAGGCACUUUAACUUGCUCCGAUUUGUCUUUAGAUGAAUGGAAUUCAAAGUCGCUUAAUUAACAUAAUGUUGCACAAUUUUUAAAAGUUACUGAUCUGAAAGGCCAGAUGUUAUACCCGAAGUGUGGCUGGAUUUCAUUAAACCGUUUCGCAUUGUAAAGUGGUAAAUAGUGAUAGACUUCUUUUGUAUCUUUUUAUGUUCACUUUUAUAUAUAUAUAUAUAUAGUUUAAUCUUCAUACCAAUACAAUAUUGUCCAACAAUACACUGUGUGAUGAUGUUGUAUACUUUGUACCGAAUACUUGAUACUCGGAGAAAGCUUAUUAAGUGUAUGCACAGACCAGUUCUUAAAUGGUCCUUACUUUAAAGGACUUCUGUAAAUAAGGAGAGAUUUCUGGGUCUUUCCGUGAGCAGAAUGAUCAAUGCACAUCAUCAUAUCAAACAGCUAAAGCCGGUGAGUCAGAUAAUAAACUUAAGGGGUUGUAAGAAUUGGGACUGCUGUUUUGAUCUGGAAACAAAAUACUGAAUGUUCCUUAGAACAUUUGACAGCUGUCUAUAUUCUUAAAACUCUACUUUGUGGUUUAGUUGAUAAAUCCUUUAGUGCUCUGACACCAUGCUUUCAACUGUAUUUCUUUUUAAGGUGCAAUUUAUUUUGAGAGUUCCAAUCAGGUGAAUCAUGAUGGAAAAAGACCCCCCCCCAGAGAAAUGUUUACUUGAAUUUUGUGCUUCCUAACUUGAUAAUUUCCUGGGCAAAAUCUGUCAUUGAAAAAGAACAGAUAUUCCUGUAUUAAAUAGGCACAAAUUAAUGUGUCCCAUUAACAAGGAUUCAGGAAUCAAUACAGGACAGUAUUAAAUCAAUAGUGUAAAUGGAGAACGAGAGAUAAAAAAAAAAAACUUGGAGAAAAUAUAUUAGCAUGAUUGAAUGACAAAAAGGACUUUCAAAAGGCAAGGGCAUUAACUCUGAAUCCUGCACAAAGUAAAAAAUUCCUCACAACUCACCAUUCUUACCAGUGGAAGUUAGUUUUUUUAGCUGAUACUGUUGUCCUCUUAGUUGAAGGAGGAGGACCGUAGACCACUGUAGCUCGGAAACUGCGACAGUCUCUUAGACCUAGAGAGCGGUGCUGAUGUCCCCGGUAGCGACAUUUGUGUGAGACAGUUGUGAGAAGAAAGCACCUUGUAUGUAGUAAUGUAUUUUGUAGCUUUGUUUAUUCUUUCACUGACUGUUUAUAACACUCGAUUGACAAUAUAUAUGAACCGUAUUUUAAAUCAUACUGUCAAAUAUUUUCCCUCUUUUGUUGGGAAGUUCGUUUUAGUUUAACCGUGUUUGUUUUUGUUGCUAGCUUACCUGGAAAGCAGUGACCACUUUUUUAUAUUCUCUUAAUGAAACCAUUCAGCAGGUAUAUGCUGUUGAGGCUGGUUAUAGAGGUUUUCUAUAAUAAAUGUUCAGUAUUUUUGUACAUAACUGGUUAAUUUUAAUAAGAGAUACCAUUAUGUGUAAAAAAAAAGUAAAAAUAAAAGCAAACAAUUGUGGAUGCAGUAUGAUUGUUAUAAUUAUGCCAAAUACUUUAUGUAUGGAAAAAGAAUAUUUGUACAUAUGUGCUUUUAACAAUAAUUCUGCCAUAUUGACUUUACAAUUUUGAAUGUCAGAAAAAUUAAUAUAUGUUAAAUAUUUAUGUUUAGUGAAAGACUUCUUAAUUGAGAAAAGGAACAUAUGAAUUUUAGCUUUGUAUCUUGCAAGUUUUGCAGUCGGAAAUUUCUUGAACUAGCUUUUGCUUUUGAUGAUAACACUUCGUGUUUGUAAUCACAUCCUUAAAAUAUAAAUAUAUAUAUAUAUAAAAAUAUAGGAAACUCCAUAUUUCUGUUGCUUUAAAGAAGUGCAACUGUCCAAUUAAAUAAGAUGACAUGCAUAAGAUAACAAAGCUUCUUUGAUUUCCUUUUCCUCUGUAAUUUAAUAGAUUUGUUGACUAGUGCUUGGGCACAGUAUAAAUCAGUGUUAUUUGCUCUUGAAGCCUAUUUUUAAAAAAAAAAGUUUUGGCAAUGAACAGUUGAUUUAUCAUGUAUGUGUAUUUCUGAAGCAGCUGUUUAGCAGAACAUUUCAAGAGAUUUUGUUAGCUCAGAUGUUCCUAUUGGUUGCUGCUGAAUGGUAAAUAUUAAAUAAAAUUACCAAUUAAUCUUAA